GAACGGUAGAAGGUACGAUUUCGACACAAUUGUUUUUGUGUACAAAAUUAUUUAAAACAAACAUUAAAAAGCUGGCCUAAAAUCUCUUAAGGAAAAAACAUAGCUAUCUUGGUUUUUGGCAGAUCACAUAGGGCAACAACACUAUUAUGGUCAUCACAACCAACACAACACUACCAGAGGAGUCGGAGCUCAAUGUCCAGGAGCUGAAUCUGUCAUCGGCCGCCCUGCGUGCGGGUGCCUUCCAUUUGGGCAAGCAAUGCGAGCAGGCUAAUAAUGAGUUUAUGCUGUGCCGGCAGGAGCUGGACGAUCCGCGGGCUUGUUUGGGGGAGGGCAAAGCUGUGACCAGCUGCGCCCUGGACUUUUUCCGCAAAGUGAAGAAGACCUGUCAUGAGGAAUUCACGCAGUACGCCACCUGCCUGGACAAAAGCAGCGGAACCAUGGCUUUCUCCCACUGCCGCAAGACUCAGGGAGUGUUCGACAAGUGCAUGAAGGAUAACUUUGACUGGGACCGUCCCUCUUACGGCUACUUCUCCCGUGCUAAGGUCAUCAAGUCGGCUCGUGAAGCUCCCAAGAAGGAAGAGAAGAUCUCCUAUCCCGAUGCCACUCCUGGAUUGCCCGAGGAUUACCCCAAGCCACCAGCCAAGUACGGAUCCCGCUUCCACUGGCUGGAAUAGAUAGCUAGCGCCUAGUGAAAUUUGAAAGCGUUCAUAUUAACAUAAACUUUUGUUUCCAUUAGUA